UUCAAGAAUUCCAACAACCUAACUCCUCCAUAAACCCUAGACUUAUCAUCCCUUCCCCUUCCCUCUCCUUCUUCCCGCGCUUGUUCUCUUCGAGGGGGGCUCUUCGCCCUCUCUUCGAUGCUUUCAUCUUACCCCUCCUCCAUCUCUUCAAUCUCCACUCUUCCGCUGCUGCUGCUGCUCUCUACUCGAUUUUGGUUAAUUUCGAGAUGAGUAGUUCUUACAUCCUUCCUUAUCUGGUUGAAGAAUGCCACUUUUCUGAAGGUCUUGGUCGAUUUUGAAAAAUUAAUUAUCUAUCUCUCUUCGAGUUUUGGAUUUUUGAAUUAUUUUGGUCAAAAUGAUUGCCACUGAAACCAUUGUACCGAGCAAAAAGCUGAAAAUUAAAUUUGGUGGUAAGCGAGUAGAAGAUCAUCCGGGUCCACAAUCUUGUGAAUUUGGAAAGCUUGUAGGCCAGAAAUUGUCAUUUAUGGGUAGGAACGGGUUGAAGGUGGAUGGUAGUGGUAGGUUCAAAUACUCGUUGAAUACUUUCAGUAAUGGUAAGACUCUUGCUGCUGCCUGUUGCAAGUCUAAAUCUUCUAUCACAAUUGCUGAUAAGCGCAGAGCAACUGAGGAUAUAGAAUCUCCAAGAGAGAAGAAGCAGAAGUUGGACCGGGGUACUACACAACAAUGCUCUUCAAUUUUGAAAACGCUUAUGACCCAUCGAUUUGGUUGGGUUUUCAACCAGCCCGUGGAUCCCGUGGCUUUGAAAAUUCCCGACUACUUCUCAAUCAUCACUGAUCCUAUGGAUUUGGGAACUGUUAAAUCCAAACUAGAGAGAAAUUUGUAUCAGGCAAGUGAAGAAUUUGCAGCAGAUAUUAGACUGACAUUUUCCAAUGCCAUGCUUUACAAUCCUUCUGGUAACCAUGUUCAUAAGAUGGCAAAGGAGCUUCUCGAAAAUUUUGAGAAGAAGUGGAUUCUGCCAAAGGAAAAAUGGGUUAGUGGAAGAUCAAAUUUUCAGCGAGAAAAACCUUCAAAUGGACCACCAGGAGAGAAGAUUUCCCGAACUCCAUCAUCUCACAGUUCUUUAUUGAAUAAGAAGUCAACAGGAUCUGAAGAGAAUGUUAGUAAGCUGUUUUCAAAUGUAAAUGGUGCUGAGGUUGAUCGUUCUAGUCCAACUUGUGCACCCAAGCCUCCCAGGAAGAACUUCCAUACAGGCACAGAAACUGGCAGUAACGAUGCUUCUAGCUCCUUUGAUAAACAAACACCGAGACAUAAGUGUUCGGGAUGUGGUACCAUCAUGCCAUGUCACUGCGUUUCUUCUUCCAGUUUAGACCAUGUAUCCUCUGGUGAUCAAUCUAAUGAGAGACUAUUAACAGGAGAAAAUUCAGAUGUCAAUGAUUCUUGCAGACGGGAUUCUCAAACAAGUGGCUUGUCAGCUUCCCAUAAGUCCAAGUCAGAUACAGAUUCUGAUGGGAUUAGAAGUGUUUUGGAGGAUGAAGGAAAACCUCCCUAUGAUCAGUCUUUGGCUCGUGGGGCGAACUCUACUUCCGAAGUGUGCUCUACCCCAGUUUUUGAUGUACAACUUUCACCCAAAAAGGCUCUUCGUGCUGCAAUGCUGAAGAGUCGCUUUGCUGAAACUAUUUUGAAAGCACAACAGAAGACACUUCUUGAUCUUGGCGAUAAAGUUGAUCAACUGAAGAUUCAACAAGAAAAGGAGAGAUUAGAAAGGAAGCAGCGUGAAGAGAGAGAACGUAUAGAAGCACAAAUAAAGGCUGCUGACAUGGCAUUGCGAUUAAAAGCAGAGGCUGAGAAGAAACAGCAGCGAGAAAGAGACAGAGAAGCUGCCCGCAUUGCUCUUCAGAAGAUCGAAAGAACUGUUGAUCUGGACCAAAAUCUUGAGAUUCUAAAGGAGCUAGAAAAGCUCUGUGGAGGAUUCUUAUUUAUCCAGCAUCACCGUGCAAUGGUGAAGAGGUCAUUAGACGACUGCCAGUUGGAAAAUCCAUUAGAACGACUUGGUUUGUUUAUCAAAGAUGAAUUCCUGGACGACGAUGAAGAAACCAUCUACAGUGUAAAUGGGAAAGAGAGGGAAGUUUUUUCCAGAAGUUGAGUGAGAGAGGGAGGGAGGAGGGUUCCGCAUAUUUGUUUUGUUUUAUUGAGCUCCGACUAUCUUGACUGCUUGCCUACCUGGUGCGUGGGAUGCAGUAUAUUUGUAAAUGGUAUUCAUAUUUGGUUGGGUUUAGGAUUUAGGACUUUUCAGAUACUAUAUAGCUGAUUAGGGUAGAAGUAAUGUAUAGCCCAAAGUUCUAUGGAUGGGAAACAGAAAAAGGAACAGAAAAAAAUUGAAUAAAUUGAAAGUUGCAACUUGUAGUAGGUUGGGAUUGACAUUUUAUAAAAUGAAAGUUGCAACUUGUGGUAGUUGUAUUGUGCUCAGUCCUUUUAUAUUCAAUGCAUAAUCAUGUAACUUAGCAUUCA